GUCGGUCCCGAGCGACACAACAGACAGAGGAGGAAGGAGAAGGAUAUGGGAGGCGAGGCGGGAAUGGGGCUCCGCGUCCGCGCCUCCUCCCUCCUGCUGUCACUGGUCCUCGAGCUCGCCGUCGCGCUCGUCUCAGUGUCGGCGCAGCACAAGUUCGGGAUCAACUACGGGCAGAUCGCGAACGACCUCCCGGACCCGGCGCAGGUGGCGACGCUCCUGCAGUCGAUGGGCGUGAACAAGGUGAAGCUGUACGACGCGGACCCCCGGGUGCUGACGGCGUUCGCCAACACGGGCGUCGGCUUCACCAUCGCCGUGGGCAACGAGGACCUGCAGGCGAUGGCGGCCAGCCCGGACGCGGCGCGCCGUUGGGUGGCGGCGAACGUGCAGCCCUACGUCCCGGCCACGCGCAUCACCUGCGUCACCGUCGGCAACGAGGUCCUGUCGGGCAACGACACGGCGGCGAUGGCCAGCCUGCUCCCGGCCAUGAGGGCCGUGCACGCCGCGCUCGGCGACGCGGGCCUCGGCCAGCCGGUCGCCGUCUCGUCGGCGCACUCCGUGGACGUGCUCGCCACCAGCUUCCCGCCGUCGUCGGGCGCGUUCCGGGAGGACCUGGCGGGGUACGUGCGCCCCAUCCUCGACUUCCACGCGCAGACGGGGUCGCCGUUCCUCGUCAACGCGUACCCCUUCUUCUCGUACAAGGCGAGCCCGGGGCCGGGGCCGGGGGGCGUGUCGCUGCCGUACGCGCUGUUCCAGCCCAACCCGGGCGUGCGCGACCCGGGCACCGGCCUCACCUACGACAACAUGCUGUACGCGCAGAUCGACGCCGUGUACGCCGCCAUGCAGGCCGCGGGGGGGCGCGCGGACGUGGGCGUCACGGUCUCGGAGACCGGGUGGCCGUCCAGGGGCGACGACGACGAGCCCGGCGCCACGGCGCAGAACGCCGCGGCGUACAACGGCAACCUCAUGCGGAGGGUCGCCGCGGGCCAGGGCACGCCGCUCAGGCCCGCCGUGCCCGUCGACGUGUACGUGUUCGCGCUCUUCAACGAGGACUUGAAGCCCGGGCCCACGUCGGAGCGGAACUACGGCCUGCUCUACCCCGACGGCUCGCCGGUGUACGCGCUCGACGCCGGCGGUCCGGGCCCGGGCGGCUCGCUCAACCCGUACUACACGUCCAUGUUCUCCUCCUCCUCCUCGUCCGGAUCGGCGGUGGGCGUAACCUUUUUGACGGAGAAAGUGGUACUAUCACUGCUGCUGCAAGCAAUUGUAAUACUCCGACGAUCACAUUCGUACUGUUAGACUGUUAGUCAGUGCCAUAUACUCUUGUAAUCUUGUAUACGAAAAAUAUGCAUUUCAAUUCAA